CUUCCGCACGGGAUCAUAACCCAAAAAAAGCAAAAACCAAAAGACAUUUUGGAGUAUAAAACCCCCGAAAGUGUGCAGAGUAAAACUUGGCUUGUCCGAUCAUAUGGCCUCUUCUCCUCCCUCUCCACAUCAGACUCACAUUCCUCUGCCCCCAGACUCUGACUCAGGUGACAAGCCCUUGGAUCAUGAAGCCAACUUAAAAUUGGUUCCUAUCCAUAUUGUCACCGAUGCAUCUCAACUUCCUGUUGAAUUUUUGGAGCCAUCGCCCGAAAAUCAGUUAGUCAUUGGUUUUGAUUGUGAAGGUGUCGACCUUUGUCGUCAUGGAACUCUCUGUAUCAUGCAGCUUGCAUUUUCGGAUGCUAUAUAUCUGGUUGAUGCCAGUCAAGGUGGAGAGAUACUUAUGAGAGCCUGUAAGCCUGCACUUGAGUCUACUUACAUCACAAAAGUUGUUCACGAUUGCAAACGAGAUAGUGAGGCUUUGUAUUUUCAAUUUGGCAUCAAGUUGAACAAUGUGGUGGAUACCCAGAUUGCUUAUUCAUUGAUAGAGGAGCAAGAAGGGCGGAGAAGAUCACUAGAUGACUAUAUAUCAUUUGUUGGCCUCCUUGCAGAUCCACGUUAUUGUGGUAUAUCUUAUCUUGAGAAGGAAGAAGUCCGAGUCCUCCUUAGGCAGGACCCUAAGUUCUGGACUUACAGACCAUUAUCAGAACUGAUGGUCCGUGCAGCUGCCGAUGAUGUCCGCUUUCUCCUCUACAUCUAUCACAAGAUGAUGGAGAAAUUAAAUCAACGAUCCUUAUGGUAUCUUGCAGUUCGUGGUGCUCUGUAUUGCCGAUGUUUUUGUAUUAAUGAUAAUGACCAUGCUGAUUGGCCAUCUCUUCCUCCCAUUCCAGAGAAUAUCAUAAUGGACCAUGCUCCAGAGGAAGAAAUCCUUUCAGUACUUGAUGUUCCCCCAGGAAAGAUGGGACGUGUUAUUGGGAGAAAAGGAGUUACCAUUUUGUCAAUCAAGGAAUCUUGCAAUGCGGAAAUUCUCAUGGGAGGUGCUAAGGGCCCACCUGACAAGGUUUUUAUCAUUGGACCAGUGAAGCAGGUGAGGAAGGCGGAAGCCAUGUUAAGGGGCAGAAUGCUGGAAAUUUACUAAGAAACAUAUGUUAUGCUUUUCUUGAACAGAUGAACUUCAUCUUUACAAUAAGAGCCUUUUUCUUCUCUCUCCUUUUCUGGGGUGGUUAGGGGGGAGGAUUAACAUGGAGACUUUGCUGCUUAAUGUUUGUGAAAAAUCUUAUUUACUCAGUUUUAGAAGCUGCUGCACUUUAUACCA